GCUCUGUUCUCGUCGCUUGCGCGCUGCUCGCUCUUGGAGCCGAGGCACCCGGCGACCUCGGUGCUCAGCCCCUACUUCGGCACCAAAACUCGCUACGAGGAUGUCAACCCCGGGCUGCUGUCGGACCCCGAGGCUCCGAGGCGGGACCCGGAGCUGCUAGAGGGGACCUGCACCCCGGUGCAGCUGGUCUCCCUCAUCCGCCACGGCACCCGCUACCCCACGGCCAAACAG